AGGAAGAGAGAGAAAGUGAGAAGGAAUUUGGAGAAAGAUCUAGAAGACACAGAUGAGGAGAAGAAGGGGAGAAAGAAAAAAGAUACGGAUGACUCUGAUGAGAAGGAGGCGAAGAAGAGCAAGAAAAGAGAGACAAGAGACGUAAUUACCGAUGAUGAUGAUGUGAAUAUAAUUCAAGAGUUAAAGAAUAAUAAGUGGGAAGAAGUCAUCGAAAAACGACGAAAAGUAUCAUCAUCAAAGUCUGAAGAAAAUUCUUCUUAA